CUCAAUCAGAGAGGUAGAGGGCGGAGUUCCGGUCCUCUGCUCUAAGCCGCGGCUGAGCUUGCACCUUUUCCGGUAUCGGUUGGGGGCAGGCUGCUGAGGUAUUUGGUGGUUAUGAAUAAAGUUGUGAUGAGCAUUUUUAUACAGGUCUUUGUGUGGACAUAUAUUUUCAUUUUUCUUGAGUGAAUACCUAAAAGUGGGAUUGCUGGAGUUUUACUACCUUUGGAUGCUACUGUUGAUAUGGAGAAGAUUGAGGAACAAUUUGCUAAUCUACAUGUUGUUAAACGAUCCUCAGGAACUAAAGAGCCCACUUAUUUGCUUGGCAUAGAUACAUCAAAGACUGUACAAGGAGAAAAAGGAAGCUUGGUUGCUGUUUUAUGUUCUAAUGAAUCAAUCAGAAUAUACGAUAAAGAAAGGUUAAAUGUACUACGAGAAUUUAGUGGAUAUCCUGGACUUCUUAAUGGAGUUAAAUUUGCAAAUUCCUGUGACAGUGUAUACUCAGCAUGUACUGAUGGCACUGUAAAAUGUUGGGAUGCUCGAUUAGCCAGUGAAAAACCUGUUCAGCUGUUCAAGGGUUACCCUUCCAAUAUUUUUAUCAGUUUUGAUAUCAACUGUAAUGAUUAUAUCAUUUGUGCUGGUACAGAAAAAGUGGACGAUGAUGCAUUGUUGGUAUUUUGGGAUGCAAGAGUUAAUUCUCAGGAUUUGUCUACUGCUAAAGACCCACUUGGUGCAUAUUCAGAAACACAUAGUGAUGAUAUCACUCAAGUACGCUUCCAUCCCAGCAAUCCCAACAUGGUGGUCUCAGGUUCAACUGAUGGCCUGGUGAAUGCAUUUGAUAUUAGUGUUGAUAAUGAAGAAGAUGCACUGAUUACAACCUGUAACUCAGUUUCAUCAGUAAGCUGUAUUGGUUGGUCUGGGAAAGAUUAUAAACAGAUUUACUGCAUGACACACGAUGAAGGAUUUUGUUGGUGGGACCUUAAUCACCUAGAUACUGAUGAACCAAUUACACGUUUGAACAUCCGGGAUGUCAGAGAAAUAAUUAAUGUGAAAGAAGGUAUUUUGGAUUAUUUGAUUGGUGGCCUGUAUGAUGAAAAGAUGGACAGAUUGUUUGUUAUUGGAGGAACAAACACAGGAAGGAUUCACUUAAUGAACUGUACCACAUCAGGAUUGAUACAUGUGACCAGCCUUCAGGGAGGGCAUGCUACUACAGUUCGUUCUUUCUGUUGGAAUAUGCAGGAUGAUUCUUUGCUGACUGGAGGAGAAGAUGCACAGUUGUUACUUUGGAAACCUGGAGCUAUAGAGAAGACCUUUACAAAGAAAGACAGUAUGAAAAUAGCAUCCUCUGUGCACCAGCGAGUACGAGUUCACAGUAAUGAUUCUUAUAAGAGAAAGAAAAAGUAGUGAUAUUACAUUUGGGAGUUUACUUAGUAGGUUUUAUAGUUUUAAGUAAUUUUUUUUGUUUACUACCUGCAGUAGACAUGUUUAAAAUUUUAGGUAAAAACAAGCCAGUUUGCAAACAGUCCUGGAAAAAUGUUGAGAAUGGUUUAUUUCAAGUCUUCAUGUAUUAUAAAAAAAUUUUAAAGCCAGGAGCAUAAAAAUCAGUGAUUUAAAAAGAAAAAAAAAAAUCAGCGAGUUAAGUAUAAUUACAUUUCUCAUUUUAAAACACAUCUGUUGAAUUAGUAAAUGUUGGGUUUAAAGAAGUAUCUCUGAUUAGGACUUUUUAGAAGUAGACAGCUGGUAAAACUUAAAAGAGGUGGUUGGCUGUGUUUUUUUUAGCUCAGUUUUUUACAUUUGAAAUUAUCUUCUUGUUGAUAAGACCAAAUCAGGCUAUUUUCUUAUUUGAGGAACUUCUAUUUGGUCAAUGCACCUUAUAUAUUACAUUGGAGUAUUUAAAUGUAAAUAUUCUGAAUCUAAAUAGAAUUAAAUUGUUUUAGAAAUAAAGUGAUAGGCAUCUAUCUAUAAUGAGAUGAAUAUUUAGUAAAUAUUUGCAUA